AUGGGGCUCAAGGAGGACGGCAACCACGCCUACGCCGCCGGCGAGUACGUGCGGGCAGCCAAGCUUUACCGCGACGCCCUCGCUGCUGACCCAAAUAACGCCGUGCUCUAUCUGAACCGGUGCCAGUGCUUCCUUAAGCUUAAGGACUAUAACCGAGCGUAUAAGGACGCGGUGGCAGGAAUCAAUUUGAUCGGCGACCACGACGAUAAGUUGGCGGCUAAGCUUUACUUCCGUAAAGGGAUGGCGCUAAAGGGUUUAGGGGAUGUGGCUAAAGCCCGCUACUGUUUUAAUAAAGUGCUUAACUAUGACGCCACCAACACCGAUGCGAAAACUCAAAUGGCUCAAUUGGGAGCACUGGUCGAAGUCGAAGCCGUCACUCAGCUCCCUCAAGAAUUUGCCCUGAUGGUGACAAAUGAACCGACUAAAGCGAAGCCCGUGACCCCGGAACCAGUGGUACUGAAGUCAGCUCAAGCGGAAAUUGACGCCUUGUUCCCACUGUCGAAAUCAUCCAAGAAAGAAACACAACAACCACCAAAGCCGUCCCUGACUCAAACGGAUUCCCCCCAACUUAAUCCAUUACAAUUGCUUACUCAGCUUAGACGGCUAUCACCGGAGGAGAAACUGCGGGCCUACCGCUACGUCGUCAGCCUCACUCCCACGGAUCUCGACAUGUUCAAGUCUGGAGUUGACAGCAAUUUCCUCGAGUUCUACCUCGAAGCUAUUGCCAAUACCACCGACAUUGACCCGCAAUUGGUGGCCCAAUGCCUCGCUACCCUUUCCAAAUUCCCUCGCUAUUCAUUAUCUAUGACGAUGGUUGAUCCUAAACUACGCCAAGCCGUCCAGAGUAAAGUACCUGGGGCUCGGCUUGACUAG